CGCGCGGAGAGGAAGCGCACCUUGGAGCCACGCGCCGCCUUCCUUUCGGGUUUGUUCAGCUUGCCUUGGCUUGUACAGUACCUUCCUCCUCCUCCUCCUGCGGGGUUUGAGCGGCGGGGAAGUCGAGCGUGAAGUCCUCUUACCCUUUGCGUCCAGUUGUUUCCUGAAAAAAAAAAGAAAAAGCUUUCAGCAAGAAAUCACUGCUGAGGCGUCCUUUUGUUUCAACCUCCACCUGCAAAAUAAAAAAGCCUUCCAGAGGGUACUAUACCUUGAUUGUGGAUUCUGAAUUCAGAGAGCCUUCUUUUAUUCCAAGAAGUAUCAUGGCAGAACCAGAUUAUAUAGAUGAGGACAAUCCUGAGUUAAUUAGACCUCAGAAACUAAUUAAUCCAGUAAAAUCAUCCCGAAAUCAUCAAGACCUUCACAGAGAACUCCGAAUGAAUCAGAAAAGGGGUCUUGCUCCUCAGAACAAGCCAGAGCUACAAAAGGUGAUGGAAAGACGAAAAAGAGACCUAGUUUUCAAGCAGAAAGAAGAAGAGGCUCAGAAGAAGAAAUCAGACUUGGAAAUAGAGCUACUAAAACGACAACAAAAACUGGAACAGCUUGAAUUGGAAAAACAGAAGAUCCAAGAAGAGCAAGAAAAUGCACCUGAAUUCGUCAAAGUGAAAGGCAACUUGAGGAGGACAGCCCAAGAUUCGGAAGACGCUCAAACCACAUAAAGGAGGAGCCUUGUUGACUUGAAGCCAUUCCCUCAUUUUUUGCCAGGGGGGGACUUCUGCAGAAAGCUUCACUCUUUUGCCUGAAUUUGGGCAAAAAACACGGUUCUUUACAAGGUCAAUUUCUGGAACCUCUGUGUCCAAAAGGCUGCGCGGUCAAUGAAACUCGCCAAGAAUACUACAGAGAUCAGUGGAUGAACAAGCAACCUGUUGUCAAUUGAAAGACAUGUCCAAAGUACUUGACCCGGGAAACAAUUUGAGUUGUUACAUUGCUUGCUUGUUCCUUAUCCCAGUUUAGUGGGCAUCUCAGGCUAGUGUGUAUAGACAUUUUGUUGCUCCUACUUUGUGAAGUUCUGCUAUGCAGAAAAACAAAGUUUUCUGAAACCACUUUUCUGUACAUCCUGUGUGUGGAAUGUCUGCUUCAAAAAUGACCAGUUCUUUUCCCAUUGUCAGACAGUAGUGUAGUUUCCUUUAGACUUGAAGUUUGUUUUAUUUUGUCCAGUGCUAGUGUGUGGGCAAUACUGACAUUAUCAUGGAUAAUGAUUAAAAAGUAGAAAAAAGCUUAAUGUUUUCUAUCAUUAAGCAAGUAAAAUAUGUUAACAAGUCACCUCUGCCUGCAUUUGUAGUGAAGUUCUGUUUCCUGGAACUCUCUCAAAAGAGCAGCUGGUUCCUCUCUUUUCCCAUCCACCCCACACUGACAUUAUUAGGCAUCCUCAUUUAGCACAUGAUUCCUCUUGUGCAGUGUCACUAACAGUGUCUACAUUGCCAUUGACUUUUUCUCUGAUUCUUUUUCUUGCUUUUUCCCUCAGUACCCAAAUAAUUACUCAACUAAUUUUGUGUCUUUGGGCUGCCUGAGUUUGAUUGUGUGCCUAGACAUCAGCUUCUGAUAUCACACAACAUACCACUUCACACAACGUUUCUGAGAAAAUUGUUCAAAGAAGGAAAUGUUUGAAAACCACCCAGUUUUGUGCUAAAACCGGAACACACGUAUCUUUGGAACAUACUCUUUGCUCUCCAGGUAUUUUAUUGCUCUGUUUAGUUCUGUGGUGAGCAGUUUGUCCUAGCCAACUUAGCCAGAGGUGAGAAAUGAUGGAAGUGGUGGGUCAUUAACAUCAGAAAGGCCACUAGUCUAUACGCUGCUGUAGUGGGACUGAUAAAAGAAUGCCUGCCAAUACCUGACUACAAGUAGGAUAUUCAAAUUAUGUUGCAUUCCAGGGCUGGUCCAUUUAUAUUUACUUGAAAGAAAGUUGCUCAGUUCUAGGUAAGCAAGUGUAGGAUUGCAGUCACAUUUGAGAAUGCUUUUAGGGUUCUUCUGAUCACUUUCUUUUAUGAAGCUUCAUUCUGGUUUCCUUUCUCAUUAGGUGGAAUAACAUUGAACAUGUAUUGCCAGUAAAAUAAAACUCGUAGUGCAAGCAGUAUAGAGCAACAUGUGGCCCUUCAAAUGUUGUUGGGCUAUUAAACCUAGGCAAUAAAGUCAUUGGUGAGAGAUGGGAGGUGUAGUUGUCCAGCAAAACAUAGAGCAGUGGUUCUUAACCUGUGGGUCGCCAGAUGUUUUGGCCUUCAACUCCCAUGAAUCCUAACAGCUGGUAAACUGGCUGGGAUUUCUGGGAAUUGUAGGCCAAAAUACCUGGGGGCCCACAGGAUGAGAACUACUGACUUAGAGGGACAUAAAUUGCUCACCCUAGUGUCAGGUUUUUAUUAGGCAUGGCCUUAAGCCAUAAUUUGACCAAUAUUUGAGCCUGUCUACUUUUCCAGCUAGAUUUCAUAAAUGUUUUAAUUAUAUUUUAGUUGCAUGAUUUUUCAGAGGAAUUCCCAGAGUAAAUUAUGGGUUAGUGACAACAUCUGGGCAUGGUCUUUAGAUGGCUUUUUGUGGUUUUCACUCGAGCAUGGGAGCAAUCACAUGCGUCUUCAGGGUGUCUUAGCUGCAGAUGUAUGUGCACACACACACACAUAUAUAACUGGAAAUAGAAGUAAACAUAAAUAAUGGAUGUAUACUUCCUGUUCUAAAUGUGAUCAUGAUUGUUUCAACAUUGAUUUUAGUCUUCAAACAGGUGUGCAAACGGUUCCUUGCGCUUUUGUGAGUUUUUCUGGUAUGCCAAUGAAUGAGUGACACUGGCGGCUAUAAUUCUGCAAAUCCAACUUUUCAUGAAGGCUCAGAUAUGCAUACUUUGCAAAGGUUAAUUACUAAAUUCAUCUUCCAACAUUUCCAGCCAAUAUGGCCACUGGUGAAGAUGGUUUAGAAGUUUUAGUCCCAAAAGUAUUUUUUUCCAAGCUUCAUAUGUGGAGAAAAGUAUUGAUAUGGAUAUAGGUUAUAAAGUAUCCCAUUCAGUAGCUGCUUAUAUCAACGUGAGAUAGGAAUCAGGCCUAUGAUUUUGCUUCAGAAAGCUGAGCACCAAUGUCAUCAAAGCAUAAUGCUUGACAGUGUUUGUUGCCAGCACCAACUUGUAUAAGUGAUGUGUUUUAUCAUAGCUGGAGGCACAGUAAACUGAGGGGGACGAAUCAAUAUUAGCUGUGGAAAGUAGCAUUGACAUGAAGAGCCUUCCUUUAGCAUGAUGCUUUGCACUUUGUCAGAAAUCAUGCAGCUCUUUUGAGAGUAAAAAGGCAUUAUAAAUCCAUGUCAAUGAUAAAUAUGUUUUGUUGUGAUUUAAUUUAUUUCUAAUUUAAAUCCUGUCACAAUGUAUUUUAUCAGUCACCACUUGAAUUAAUAAUUCCCCAUGCACUAUUAGAAGAAGAAAAAUAGGAAGACCACUGCUACUGUUGAGUUACUUGACCUCAAUAAAGGCAAAAUACAAGAUCUCCACUUCAAAGAUGCUAGGUUCCUUUUAGUAGCAGAAUAUUGCAUCUUUUUUAAAGUGUCAUUUCCCUUUAUUUCCCUUCAAGAAAACUUUGAAAGAGGUUUCUAACUUAAAAUAGCCCAUAGUUCUAUAGUGGUAAUACAGUCAGGUUUGCCACUGCCACACCAAGCUGCACACAGCAGAUGGGAGCACUCAGAAAAACAUGCCUUGAUGCUGUUAAAUGUUUCCCUUCCUCUCCUACUAAAUUUACCCUUACUUCCUUAGAAAAUUGGCCUUUUAGAUUCAAAUUCCACAGCCAGUCUUUAAUGAGCAUUUUAAUGUAUUCACAACAAGUUGGUGUCAAAAUAUAAGUAGAUUCUGAACCAAAGGCCUAUGGACACAACGAAGAGCCCUUGGAUUUUACCAAGUUGGGGAUCAGACAUUUACUUGGAUCUACUGUUUAAUUAUUCUGUUCCAUAAGUCAUGUAGAUGUGAUCAACUGGCUCUUAAAGAAAGGACAGAAGAGUGGGAAAGGCCCUGCUUUAUAGAUAUGUCAGUAGGUAAUAGAUUUGGGAUGGAGUGGGAAGUAAUAUUACUAUACUACUAAUAGAACACAAACUUACUUUUAGUCCAUUUAGGAAAUCCUCUGGGCUUCUAUUUGUGUAGAAGUUCAGAAUUGUUUUGUGUUUAUUGGUCAAAAAAUGAUGUUUAAAAAUCAGGAUUUGGCAGAUACUCCAGAACUCUUUAUUCACAGCAGUGGGGACUGAUAACUCUCAUGGCAAAGAUUGUUUCACAGCCAUACGAAUUUUUUCUCCGUAUGUUCCAUCUGCGUAGUAUUUUCAAUUGAGCGGUCUUAAUUUAAAACUGGUUGUCUGUUCUAAGUUAAGUCAUGUUAAAUCUUCUGCUAUACGUUCAUUUGUUUCUGAGUGUACAUAUAUAAAUAUUCAAAAGGGAGCCUUAAUGGGAUUUGUUUUCAUAAUUUAAUAAUUUUUUGUAUUUGCUCUUGCUUAUUUGUUUUUAACAAAGUGUUACAAAAAUGAGGGUGGAAUUCUUAGAACCAAAGUUAAUACUUAAUAAAAAAAAAUCUGCGAAAUGCUUGGAAUAUGCAAUGGUAUGACUGUAUGACCUUGAACUCUGCUGCAUUUAAUGUUCUCUUUGGUCAUUAAAUUUGAAUUCUGUCUCUCUUCUUGGA